AUGUCGGGAGAUAACACAGGGAAUAAAUCCAAUUCAGCACCUUCAAAAUCAAUUGAAGAAUUGUUGAAAUUAUUGGCUAUGGGACAAGAAUUAUCCCCGGCUCAACAAAAGGAAAUGAAAGAUUAUAAAUUUUGGAAGACUCAACCUGUACCAUCAUUAAGUGAAACCGUCACUGAAGAAGGUCCUAUUGAUAAAUUGAAAACUCCAGAAGAUGUUCCUAAUGAUCCAUUACCAUUGAUCAGUGAUUUUGAAUGGAGUACUUUAGAUAUUGACGAUAAUUUACAAUUGGAUGAAUUAUAUAAAUUAUUAUAUGAUAAUUAUGUUGAAGAUAUUGAUGCCACAUUUAGAUUCAAAUAUAGUCAUGAAUUUUUCCAAUGGGCUUUGAAACCACCGGGAUGGAGAAAAGAUUGGCAUGUUGGGGUUAGAGUGAAAUCAACUGGGAAAUUAGUAGCUUUUAUAGCUGCUACUCCGGUCACUUUUAAAUUAAAUAAAUCAAAUAAAGUGAUUGAUUCAGUGGAAAUCAACUUUUUAUGUAUUCACAAAAAAUUAAGAAAUAAGAGAUUAGCCCCCGUAUUAAUCAAAGAAAUCACUCGUAGGGUUAAUAAACAAAACAUUUGGCAAGCAUUAUAUACUGGUGGAUCGAUUUUACCUACACCAUUGACAACUUGUCGUUAUCAACAUCGCCCAAUCAAUUGGUCGAAAUUGCAUGAUGUGGGGUUCAGUCAUUUACCUCCAAAUCAAACUAAAAGCAGUAUGGUGGCAAGUUAUACAUUACCUAAUAAUCCUAAAUUGAAAGGUUUACGUCCAAUGACUGGGAAAGAUGUUUCCACCGUAUUAUCUUUAUUGUAUAAAUAUCAAGAACGAUUUGAUAUUGUACAACUUUUUACCGAAGAAGAAUUUAAACAUUGGAUGUUGGGUCAUGAUGAAAAUUCAGAUUCUAAUGUGGUUAAAAGUUAUGUAGUUGAAGAUGAAAAUGGGGUUAUUACCGAUUAUUUUUCAUAUUAUUUGUUACCAUUCACAGUAUUAGACAAUGCUCAACAUGAUGAAUUAGGAAUUGCUUAUUUGUUUUAUUAUGCCAGUGAUUCCUUUGAAAAACCAAAUUAUAAAAAGAGAUUAAAUGAAUUAAUCACUGAUGCAUUAAUUACCAGUAAAAAAUUUGGAGUUGAUGUUUUCAAUUGUUUAACUUGUCAAGAUAAUACUUAUUUCUUAAAAGAUUGUAAAUUUGGUAGUGGUGAUGGUUUUUUAAAUUAUUAUCUUUUUAAUUAUAGAACAUUCCCUAUGGAUGGAGGAAUUGAUAAAAAGACAAAAGAAGUUGUCGAAGAUCAAACAAGUGGUAUAGGUGUAGUUUUAUUAUAA